AUGCUGCUAACCAGUCUCGUGGCGCUGGGCCUCGCCAGCGUCGUCGCUCAUGCGGCGCCGGCUCCAGACCUCGCCGCGCGCCAAUCGGCCUUCCCCCAGCCCGCGAACGGCGUGCACCGCGAGUUCUACCUCGCCGACAGCGGGAUCCGCCUCGCGCUCAACUACACCGGUGGCGCGAAGCCCAACUUCCGCAAGCCGCCCGAUGGGACAGCAGUCAUCCUCGCCGACGGCAAGUUUAACUCCGGCAUCCCCACCACGGCGUACACCUGGUCCACUUGGCGUGCGGAGAACGGGUGGAAGGGCGUGAUCAAGCAGUAUGACAGCGAGGAGAUGUGCCUCGACGUCGGGCACGGCCCGGCACUCGGCUCAAAGGUCAAGGUGUGGUACUGCCACGGGGCGGCGUGGCAGCAGUUCGAGGUGGACAACUUCCAGCUCAAGGUGGCCGGCACGUCCCUGUGUGUGGGGUACGCUUCGGCGAGCGACAUGUCGCAGGCGGUGCUGGUCAGCUGCAAUGCGGCCAGCGCGAGCUGGAACAGCGACGGGAACAAGCCGUACCGCUACGUUCCGACAAGCCAAGCGCCGAGCAGCUCGUCAGUUCCGCCGUCGAGCGUGAGCCCCAGCCCCACCCCGAGCCCGUCGGCGUCGAGUGUCCCGGGCGCGAAGGAGCAGAUCUUCCUCUACCCGCACAACUCGAAGCUGCAGCUCCAGCCGCAGUUCGGCGCAGACUCGAACGGGAUAAGGGACGGCAUGACGCUCCGGCUCACCGAGCCGCCCGGCACCUCGUGGACUGGCUUGGCAGCGAGUACCGGCUGGGAAGGCGUCAUCAAGGUGCAGGCGCAGGGCGUGGAGAGGUGUCUCGACGUCACCAGCCUCUAUGUCCUCGGGACAAAGGUCACGCUGCAGCCGUGCACCGGCGUGCAGUGGCAGCAGUUUGUCGUCGACGCGUACCGCCUCAAGCUGGCCGACACGGGCUUCUGUAUCGGCUACAGCGCGGCCAGCACCGGCGCCGACGCCGAGCUCGUGUCGUGCCAGAACCCCGUGGCGAGCUGGAACCGCGCGCCCGACCAGCCGUUCCAGAACAACCCUUCCGCGAGCCUGCCGCCCUCGCCGUCGUCGAGCACGACGCCCCCGAUUCCCAGCAGCUCGGAGGGCACGCCGCCGCCCAGCUCGUCGUCCAACAUCGGCCCGACAACCAGCUGGCCCGGCCCAUCCCCGGGCACGACGACGGCGUGGCCCUCCUUCUCGUCCCCGUCUGCCACGCCCGGCCCGAGCGAGAGCCAGGGCCCGGUGCCGGGCGACGACGCGCACCGGAGCUUCCUCUACGUGCCCAACUCGCCCCUGUGGCUCAUUCCCCAGUUCGCGAGUGGCGACGACACCCUCCCGUACGGGACGCCGCUGGUCCUUGCCGACCCGAACAACAACAGGAACUUUGACGGCUUCUUCGCGCAUCCUGGCUGGACAGGCGCAGUCAAGGUACAGGGCUCCAAGAAGGCGGGGUGCCUCGACGCCGGUAACGGCUCGCUCGGGCAGAAAGUCAUCGUCGGGACGUGCACUGGCGGCCCGACGCAGGAGUUUGUGGUCGACAAGUGGCGCCUCCAGCUGAAGAACACUGGCUUCUGUGUGGGCUGGACCAGCUCCGCCGCCGGCACGCAGGCGGAGCUCAUCUCGUGCCAGCAGAACCCCAACUCGCUGUGGAACGCCGCGCCGAACAAACCGCCGCAGUACGACGCCUCGUCAAGCGCCCCGUCCACGUCGAGCACGCCGCCGCCGAGCUCGACGUCCAACGGCCUGCCCGAGCCGACGGGCUACAUCAACUUCUUUGUGCCCAACUCGCCCCUCGAGCUCUACGUCCAGUACGCCCCCGGCAUGCCCGACGUCCUGCCGCCCGGCUCAAAGGUCCAGCUCAACGACCGUGGCCAGCUCAACUACCUCGGCGGGUUCUAUGGCCUCGCCGCCUAUACCGGCUGGCGUGGAGUCCUCAAGACUGCUGGCAAUGGUAACUUCGCGACCAAGUGUGUCGACUCGGGCGCGGGCCAGUUCGGGAGCAAGAUCACGCUGCAGGCGUGUACCGGGUCGUCGGGGCAGCAGUUUGUUGUUGACCAGUGGCGCCUCCAGCUCGCCAACACGGGCUUCUGUAUCGGGUACAACGAGGCAAAGGCCGAUACCCAGCUCGAACUCAUCUCGUGCCAGAAUCCCAAUGCCAGCUGGAACCGUUAUGCGAACAAGCCAUUCCAGAACGACGGGUCGUCUAGCGCGCCCCCGUCAACGACGACCACCCCGGCGCCGACGACCACGGCACCAGUGCCAGUCUCGACGAAUGUCGUGAACCUCUUCCCGCCUAACUCGAAGAACAAGGCAUACCCCAAGUUCGACGCCGGGGGCAACCUGCCAGAUGGCACCGUGCUCCAGCUUGUCGACUCGACCCAGAGCCAGCCUGGCCCGGCCUUCGCAGGCUUCUCCGCCCAUCCCGGCUGGCAGGGCGUCAUUCAAGUCGGCACAAAGUGUCUGGACGCCGGGUCCGGCAACAACGGCGAGACGGUCACGCUGCAGGCGUGUACCGGUGCUGCGUCGCAGCAGUUCAUAGUCAGCACCAACAUCAUCCAGCUGAAGAACACUGGCUUCUGCAUCGGCCGUAGCACGACAGACGUCGGCGCACUGCUCUCCCUCCAGUCGUGCCAGAACACGGGCGCCACCCUGUGGAACAGAGAAGCUAACCGGCCACCGGGGUACAACCCGUCAGCCAGCCCGUCAAGCAGCGCUUCCCCGUCGACAGGCCCCACAAGCAGCUUCCCGCAGCCUAGCAGCGGCGCGCACCGCGAGUUCUACUUCAAGGACUCGUCGAAGCGCCUCGCGCUUGACUUUACCGGCACCGGACCGACGCCGCAGGGCACGAAAGUGACGCUUCGCGAUGGUGUCUUUGUUGAUGAUUAUCAAGGCCCGACAAGCCCGUACAAGAAGUCGACAUGGCGCGCAGCUAACGGCUGGCGCGGCGUCGUGAAGCAGUAUGACUCGGUUGAGAUGUGCCUCGAUGCCGGUGAUAACCCGCAACUCGGAUCCAAGAUCGUGGUCAACAGCUGCUCCUCGAAGGCGUCGCAGGACUGGAUCGUCGACACAUGGCGUGUUCAGCUCGCCAACACCGGCUUCUGCAUCGGCGUGCCGAAUGACAGCGAGGGCGUGCAGGCCGAGCUCGUGUCGUGCCAGAAUCCGCUCUCGGUGUGGAACAGCGACAGGAACCGGCCACUGUCGUACACGUAUGUUCCUCCGAGCUCUUCUUCGGGGCCGUCGUCGACGUACCCGCCCAUUUCGACGACGUCGAGCCUGAGCGCGUCGCCUGCGACGACAUCCAAGGCUCCAACGACGUCGGGAAUCCCGUCCGCCACGACCCAGUCCCCUGUCCCAACGACCUCCGGCUUCCCCCAGCCCGCCAACAACGUUCACCGCGAGUUCUACGUCUACAACUCGCCGAUCCGCCUCGCGCUCAACUACACCGGCGGCGCGAAGCCAAACUUCCGCAGGCCGCCUGACGGUACAGCUGUGGUCUACACCGACGGCAAGUUUGUCGACGGCCGCCCGACGACUCCAUACACCUGGACGACGUUCCGUGCUGAGAACAACUGGAGGGGCGUGAUCAAGCAGUACGACAGCGACGAGAUGUGCCUCGACGUCGGGCAUGGCCCCCAACUCGGCUCCAGAGUCAAGGUCUGGUACUGCCACGGCGCGCCAUGGCAGCAGUUCUGGGUCACCAAGUGGAGGCUCCAGGUCGCCGGCACGAACCUUUGUGUCGGCAGCGAGACCUACACCAAGGAAGGCCAGCAGGCUAUCCUUGUCUCGUGCGAUCGGAUCACGUCCCUGUUCAACCCGGGACCGAACCAGCCGACAUACUCGGAAUAG